AUUUUUAUGUAAAUUAUUAAAAAGAGGCUUACUUAAUAAAUUUAAUAUACUUUCAAGUUAUCAGUUUGGAUUUAGGGAAAACAUCGCCACGGAAGAUGCGAUUCUUUCACUAACAUCAAAAGUUGCCAAAAUUUUAAAUCAGGAUAAACCAAAAUGACUCUAGUACAACCCAGUCCUGAACUCCAAAUCAACAUCAGAAGAGAACUAAAUGAAGAUAUAAACACCAGGGAAUCAGAUCUAGAACAUAUAAAAGAAUGGUUACGGAAGCAACCUCAUUUACCAGACGAAUGGGAUGAGAGCAGAAUUAUGACUUUUCUACGAGGUUGUAAAUUUUCAUUGGAAAAAUGUAAAAGAAAACUAGAUAUGUAUUUUACAAUGAGAACAGCAUGUCCGGAAUUAUUCAGUAACAGAGACAUCACGAAUCCUGAACUAAAAAUGAUAGUUGAUAUUGGACACAUGCCGCCUUUACCAGGAUUAACACCAAACGGCAGAAGAGUAGUUGUGCUCAGAUCCAAAAGAGUAGACGUCGACAACUACAACGUAGCCGAUAUUAUGAAAGUGGUUCUUAUGAUCGGAGACGUCCGAUUAGAAGCUGAAGAAGUUGGCGUAGCUGGCGAUGUCUACAUCUUGGACGCUACCGUCGCUACGGCUACACACUUUUCCAAAAUUAAUCCGAACCUAAUUCGGAAAUUUUUAAUUAUUAUCCAAGAAGCUUAUCCUGUGAAACUAAAAGAAGUGCACGUGGUUAACGUAUCUCCAUUAGUGGACAAAAUAAUCACUUGGAUCAAACCGUUCCUAAAAGAAAAAAUUAGGGAACGUAUUCACGUUCACUCUUCGUUUGCCUCUUUGCAUCAGUUCAUACCAAAGGAAAUUUUGCCAGAAGAAUAUGAGGGUACAGCUGGAAAAUUACAAACUUUCCAUGAUCAGUGGAUGGAAAAACUCAAGGAAUAUACUCCAUGGUUCAAACAACAAGAAAAUAUCAAAGCUGAUGAAUCAAGAAGACCUGGGAAACCUAAGGACCAUGAAGAUCUUUUUGGACUGGAUGGUAGCUUCAGACAACUCACCAUAGAUUAGGUAGAAUAAUUAUAUUAAUUAGUUAGCUCACAAUUUGAUAUAAUCUAAUAUGCAUAAAAUAUCUUUUAAGAGGUCCUUUGUAUCUUUAAUAUUAUCAUCGAGAUGAUAUAGUUGUUUCCAGCAUUUAUGACAUGUGCCGAAUAUACUAUGCGAAUCAGUUUUGUAAUACUUCUUAAUUCUGUCAUGACAGUACCACUCAUAACCAUUAUUAAUGAUUCAAAGCUUUAAAAUGGGUCUCAAAAAAUUCUCAGUAUAUUUCUAGAUGUAUAUUCUCCUUUUUACAUUUAAUGUAUAUAAUAAAGGGUAAAUUUUAAUUGUUUAUGUAUGAUGUUACCAUUAUUUUUUUGUUCUUUUUUAUUGCAAGUGUAAAAGAGUUUAUUAAUAAAUAUUCUUAAUAUUU